AUGAGUAAGAUAGAAGUCCCUGAGAAGAGAAAAGAGGCAAUGGGAUCGGUACUCUCCGCCAUCCGCGGCGCGACCAAGACUGUCGGUGCGGUAACCAAGCUCCUCCUGGACCUGAACAAACAGUACCAGGCUCUCCUGGUGCGCGUCAACGCGCCGCCGGGCCUGCCGCACGCGAACCCUUCGAGCUCGUACUGGCUCGACGAGCCGCCGUUUCCAGAGCUUGUGGACGCCCGCUCGGCAAGUUUGCCAAGGGAGGCGGACGUUGUUAUCAUCGGGAGCGGGAUCACUGGGGCUGCUGUGGCAAGGAGUUUGUAUACCGCCUCCACCUCUUCCGCCGCCGCCACCGCCGCAGCAGAUGGAUCGAACGAGCAAGGAAGCAAGAAGGGGCCGAGGGUCGUGGUGCUCGAGGCGAGGAGUUUAUGUGCCGGCGCGACGGGGCGGAACGGUGGCCAUGUGAAGGCGAGUCCGCACGAGCUGUUCCCCCGGCUGGCGCGGUAUUUUGGUAAAGAGGGCGCGGCGAGGCUGACGAGGUUCGCGUUGAGGACGGCCGAGGCCGUGUUGGAGGUCGGUGGGGAAGCAGGGAGGGAGGUGGCGGAGUGCAGGCGGGUCGAGACUGUGGAUUUUUUCCUGGACGAGAAGGGGUUUGAGGACGGGAAGAGGGAGGUGGAGGAGCUGAGGAGGUGGGUUCCCGAGGUGGAGAUUGCCGUGCUGGGGCGGGAGGAGACGGAGGCGCGGUUCGGGGUUGAGGGGGGCCAUGUGGCGGGCGGGUUGGUGUACAAGGCCGGCGCGAUGUGGCCUUAUCGGCUUGUUGCAAAGGUUUGGAGGGAGUUGGUUGAUGAGUGCGGGGGGAGGUUGAGCUUGGAGAUGAACACGGCUGUUGAGGAGGUUACGAUGGAUGUUGGUGGUGGUGAUGGGGGCGGCCGGCCGUAUGUUGUGAGGACGGAGAGGGGGGCGAUUAGGGCGAGGCAUGUGGUCCACGCUACAAACGCGCACGCGGGGCAGUUUCUGCCGGGGUUGAGGGGGAAGAUGGCGGGUGUGAAGGCGCAUAUGACGGCUCAGCGUCCCUCCUCGACAACGACGACGACGACGACGACGUCCUCUUCCGAGCAGAGUAGUCAAGAAGGAGAAGGAGGAUUCCGGUGGCGGGACGGGAGCCGAACUGGGAGCAGGUCGUGGAGCAUUCUCUACGGAGGCGGCGCGUUCGACUACGUCACGCAGCGGCCCAACGGGGACGUGAUGCUGGGCGGCGGGUUUGCGCGGAGCGCGGGUGAGGGCGCGGACAUGGUUGGCGUGUACGACGACUCUGGUACGGACGGGUUGACGAUUGCGCAUGUUUCUGGGGUGAUGAGCGCGGUGUUUGGGGCGCGGUGGAGGGGCGAUGUGACAAAGGUGUGGAGCGGUGUCUUGGGUGUCACGGGGGAUAUGGCGCCUUUUGUUGGGAGAGUUCCCGCGAGUAUUUCGGGGGCCAAGGGGGGUAAGAAGGACUCUUCUUCAUCUUCUUCUUGGUUUGGGUUGAAGAGGGGUGAGAGGGAGAAGGAUAAAAUUGUGAAGAAGGUUGCGAAGGUGGUUGACGAGCAGGAGGAGGAGGAGGAUUCGUGGAAGGGUGCUGAGGCGGGACAGUGGGUUAGUGCCGGGUAUUGCGGUGAUGGAAUGGUUUGGGCUUGGCUCUGCGGGACGGCAUUGGGGGUCAUGAUUGCGGGUCAAGAUGAUGUGGUGCUGGAGAAGGGGGUCGGAUUCCCUGGCGGCAAGUUGGGGGACUGGUUCCCGAAGGAGUUAUUGAUUACGGAGGCGAGGGUGAAGAAGGCUGAUAUGAGUAACUUGGUGGAUGAGAUAAUGUAA